UAAAAAAAUUCGAAGAUGGACGCUGCGCGGGCAGAAAGGCGCGGAGCAAGGAAAGCAGCGCGGGUGUCGCUCGGCUCCGUCCGUUUCCCCCCCGCCCGCCGGCGCGGAGUGGUGCGCGCGGCGCGGGGCGGGGCGCAGCGCGGCCGCGGCGGGGCCGCCCCGUCCCUGAGGCGCAUCGCGGUCGCCAUGGCGCUGUGCGGCCGCUCCGCGCUCCUCCCGCCGCCCCCGCGCCACCGCGCCCGGCCCCGCAACCCCGCCGCCUCCGUCAGCUGCAGCCGCCUCCGAAACAUUCAGAGUAUCCUGACACAGAGCAGCAAAUCCCAGCCUGAUGGAAUCCUCUGCAUUUUAGGGAUAGACAGUCGAUACAAUGAAGGCUGCAGGGAGCUGGCAAACUACCUUCUCUUUGGCUUGUACAACCAGAGCAACAAUGACUUUGAGAGGACAGGCUUUCCUGAGGAGGUGCUUGAUGAUAUAAUCAUAUUAAUCAAACCUGACAGUGUUCAUCUGUACUGCAACCCUGUGAAUUAUAACCAGCUCCUGCCCUACGUGGCUCACUGGAGGAACCUGCAUUUUCACUGUCUCACUGAAAAUGAGUAUGAAGACGAAGAAGCCGCGGAGGAAUUCAAGAUCUCCAGCUUCGUGGACAUGGUCCGGGACUGCAGCCGGAUCGGGAUUCCCUACAGCUGCCAGGGUCACCUGCAGAUAUUUGACAUGUUCAUCGUGGAGAAGUGGCCGAUCGUUCAGGCCUUUGCUCUGGAGGGGAUCGGGGGCGACGGCUUCUUCACCAUGAAAUACGAGUUGAUGGAUGUCAGCGUUGAUUUGUGGAAGACCUACAGCAAAAUGGAUCCUGUUUCCUUGGAGGAUUUGCUCUUUGAGGAUUUAAUGAUUUUUGAACGCCAGUGGACCAACUUUUUUGCUAAUUUUGACACGGAAAUUCCCUUCAUUCUGGAGCUCUCGGAAUCCCAGGCAGGGGAGCCCUUCAGAAGUUAUUUCAGCCAUGGCAUGAUCUCAAGCCACAUAACAGAUAACAGCCCCAGCCGGCAGCCCUUCGUCCUGUUUGGCAGCCACUCCACCAAGGAAAACCUGAACUCUGGUAACUUUAAUUUUCCAUCAGAAGGACACCUUGUUCGAAACACUGGCCUUGGUGGGAGCACUGCCAAGCACAUGGUAGUGCAGUGUGUGUCUCCCAAGGGACCUCUGGCUUGUUCAAGGACCUAUUUUUUUGGGACCAGUCACGUUCCUUUCCUGGGAAACGACAACGAGGUGCACAAGGAAGCUGAUCAAGUUGCUCUGUUGUCGCAAAUCUAUUCUGCUGUUGUAGAGGCUGUGCUUGCUGGCAUUGAGUGCUAUGCUAAAACUUCCACUGAAUCCAAGGCAAAGGAGGUGGCAGAGCAGGUGCUCAUGGCUGUGUUAGACACCCUUUGCUUGACACAGCUCAAAUCUGCUUUACGCUCCAAAAUUGCUUUUCAGAUUCAGGCUGUGAACAAUCAUGGAAGAAUUACCCCGUUAGAUAACGAGGACAGCCUGAGUUUGAUCAAAACGGCCUCCAUGAUGGUGUUUGACAUUCCCGACUUGCUCACGGGAAGAGGAUGUUUGGGAUCUGUUGUGUUUUCAGAGUCCUUUCUGACAUCACAGAUACAAGUCAAAGAAAAAGAUGGCAGCAUUACUCCAGAAACCAGCCACGUUGUCCUGACUGCAGGAAUCCCGAGGUUCACAUCCUGGCUGGUUGAAGACAGUGAUGUGAAACUCUCUGAAAAGGCACAGCAGGCGUUGAAGGAGGAUAAAUCUUUCCUGGGCACUUUACUCACUGGAGGGGAUGGAGUGUAUCUUUGUUCCAGCAAUCCACAGGCCAUGCCUGCAGAAGGUAAACUGCACUUCUUUUCUGAUGGCAUCCUCUUUGCUCAUCCCCACCACGGCAGCAUUUCCAUCUCCAAGAACCACAUGAGUUCCAUCUCCCUCUAUGAUGGGGAUUCGAACAGUGUUGUUGCUGCUCUCUUCAUAGACUUCAAAAGUUCCCUGCUUCCUCACCUCCCAGUUGAAUUCCAUACCCAGAACAACUUUCUGAUGAUUGCACUUUUCCCCAAAAGAAAGAUUUACAAAGCUUUUUACUCACAGGUUUUCUCCUCGUGGCAAAACCAGACAAGCUCAGGAUUAUCUUUAAGGGUUGUCCAGGAAGAAUUCCUGUCUGUGGAACAAAAGAGAAUGCAUUCCAGUGUUCAGAAGCUCUUUAAUGCCUUGUCUUUUCCUUCUGGGGAAAGAUGCAGGGAGCUGAAAUUAUCCUCUGCCCUUCCAGAAUUGGAGAGGUUUCUGAGACAUUUCACCAUCAGCAGCGUCAGCAACAAGCCAGUGGUGAGGGCACAUCUCCCUGUUUUGUUGCAACAGUCAGAAACCACUCCUGAGAGCAAAGCAGAGAGUGAGAAGGUGAUCAUCACCAUCCUCACUGGGCUCCCAGGGUGUCGUUCCAGUGAUCUCUGUGCUUUCCUCGUCACCUUUACCAAGGAGUAUGGAAGGUGGAUUGUUUAUAGGCAAACCAUGGAUAGUCCAGAAUGUUUCAGUGCCACCCACUUCCAGAGGUACCUGUCCGGGGUCCUGGAGGCUCAGCAGAACCUCAGGGGCCGUCAGUCCAUGUUCUCCAAAAAGAACAAGAGGCUCCUGGUGGUCCUGCAGGGCUACACUGAUGUUAUUGAUGUUGUACAAGCUCUGCAGACUCACCCUGACCCAGAUGUGAAAUCUUCCUUCCUCAUUGGAGCAGUGAACACCUGUGUGGAGCCCCUGAGCUGCUACAUGGAGCACAGGCUUCUUUUUCCCAAGUUCUUGGACCAGUGUUCCCAAGGACUAGUGAGUAAUGUGGUUUUCACAAGUCAUGCUACAGAGCAGAGACAUCCCCUCCUUGUGCAGCUGCAGAGCCUGAUCCGAGCAGCAAAUCCUGCUGUUUCCUUCAUCCUGGCAGAGAAUGGAAUUGUAACAAGGAACGAGGAUAUUGAAUUAAUUCUCUCAGAAAGCAGUUUUUCAAGUCCUCAGAUGAUGAGAGCUCGAUAUUUAAUGUACCCUGGCUGGUACGAAGGCAAAUACGGGGCCGGGCCCGUGUUCCCCCCCAUGGUGCAGAUCUGUGUGUGGUUCAGCCGCCCCCUGGAGAAGACCCGAUUCGUGACCAAAUGCAAAGCCAUUAAGUCGUUGCUCAAACCAAGCCCCUUUUCUGGGAACAUUUAUCACAUCAUGGGCAAAGUGAAGUUUUCAGACUCUGACAAAGUGAUCGAGGUCUGUCACAACACCUCCUCCAAUUCCCUGAGCCUGGUGCCUGUCCAGGAGGGGCCAACUCCUCCUGACUCCAGAAAUGAUCCCAGAGACUGCAGCAGUCAACAGGAAUACUUCCUUGUGUUCAUUGGCUGCUCCCUGAAGGAAGAGGAUAUCAAAGAUUGGCUCAGAGAAACUGCAAAACAGAAACCUCAGAGGAAAGCCCUGAAAACCAGAGGAAUGUUGACCCUUCAGGAAAUAAAGAACAUUCACGUGAAACGUCACUUGGAUCCGCUCCCAGCUGGUUAUUUUUACAACGGGACUCAAUUUGUGAAUUUCUUUGGUGACAAAAUGGAUUUUCAUCCCUUAAUGGACCAGUUCAUGAACGAUUACCUGGAGGAAGCCAACAGGGAGAUCGAGAAGUACAACAGGGAGCUGGAGGAGCAGGAGUACCACGACCUCUUUGAGCAGAAGACAUAAAGCACGUGGGUCCUGGGGGUUUCCAAACCACCCAAAAUGCUCUUUUGUCCUUGCUGGGUCACUAGAAAUUGAGGGAAUUGUCUGUUUGUUCAGCACUCCUUUCCAAACUAAGAGAUCAUUCCUGUAAGGUUGGCGUUUAACACGGGAUCUGCUUAGCUGUGUGUCCUGUCAGGUUUGCUUCCACUUCACCUUAAUUCCAGACUGUCCAAAGCAUCACCUGGAAUCUCUGGGGGGGUUGUGGGGACUUGUUCAAAAGAAGAACGAGAAGAAGAAGAAGAAGAAAAAGAAAAAGAAGCAAAACUUUAUUUAUUUCCUGUAGUUGGGAAUGUAAUCGUGGAAUUGGGCUUUGUGCAGAGAAUCAAACUGCUCUGGGUGUCCCUUGGAAUUUGUGGCACAGGAGCAUCGAUGAGCAGUGCUGGAUAUCAGGAUGUGGGAUUGGGGGUGUUCCCAAAGCCAGAAAUGGGGGAACAUUUACUCAGAAAAGUCCCUAAUCCCACAGCUGUGGGGUGUUCCCAAAGCGAGAAAUGGGGGAACACUGGGAAGAACUCUGAAGAGUCCCCAGUCCCACAGCUUUUAGGAUGUUCCCAAAGUGAGAAAUGGGGGAACGAUUCAAAAACUUAGGAUCUGUCAAUCUGCAGCUGCCAGGAUAUUCCCAAAGUGAGAAAAGAGGGAACAGUUACUCAAAAAAGACCCUAAUCCCACAGCUGUCAGGGUGUUCCCAAAGGGAAAAAUGGGGGAAUAAUUAAAGAAUUUAGAAGAAUAACUAAUCCCACUGCUGUUGAGUGUUCCCAAAGUGAGAAAUGGGGGAACAAUGGGAAGAACUCUGAAGAGUCCCCAAUCCCACUGCUCUUGGAGUGUUCCCAAAGCGAGAAAUGGGGGAACAUUUCAAAAACUCAGAAUUCCUAAACCUGCAGCUGUUGGGGUGUUCCCAAAGCGAGAAAUGGGGGAAUAAGUCAAAAAUUUAGAAUCCCUAAAUCUGCAGGUGUGUCAGGGUGUUCCCAAAGCGAGAAAUGGGGGAACAGUUACUUGAAAAAGUCCCUAAUCCUGCAGGUUUUAGGGUGUUCCCAAAACGAGAAAUGGGGGAGUGAUUCAAAAACUUGGACUCCCUAAAUCUGCAGCUGUGGGGAUGUUCCCAAAGUGAGAAAUGGGGGAACAGUGGGAAAAAGACAGAAGAGUCCCCAGUCCCACAGCUGUCAGGGUGUUCCCAAAGUGGGAAAUUGGGGAACACUUCCUUGGAAGGAUCUCCUUGUCCCACAGCUGUGGGGUGUUCCCAAAGCGAGAAAUGGGGGAACAUGGGGAAGAACUCUGAAGAGUCCCCAAUCCCACAGCUAUUGGAAUGUUCCCAAAAUGAGAAAUGGGAGAGCAAUGGGAAAAAUGCAGAAGAGUCCCUGAUCCCACAGCUUUUAGGUUGUUCCCAAAGUGAGAAAUGGGGGAACAGUGGGAAGACACAGAAGAGUCCCCAAUCCCACAGCUGGCAGGAUGUUCCCAAAGCGAGAAAUGGGGGAACGUUUGAAAACUCAGAAUUCCUAAUCCCACAGGUGUCAGGGUGUUCCCAGAGCAAGAGAUUGGGGAACAGUUGAAACAUUCCUAUAAAAGAGUCCCUAAACCUGCAGCUGUCGGGGUGUUCCCAAAGCGAGAAAUGGGGGAACAAUGGGAAGGACUCUGCAGAGUCCCCAGUCCCACAGCUGUCAGGGGGAGAAAUGGGGGAAUAACUAAAAAAUUUAGAAGAAUAACUAAUCCCACAGCUGUUGGGGUUGUUCCCAAAGUGAGAGAUGGGGGAACAUUUAAAACCUCAGAAUUCCUAAUCCCACAGCUGUCAGGGUGUUCCCAAAGUGGGAAAUGAGGGAACAGUUACUCAGAAGAAUCCCUAAUCCCACAGUUUUUAGGUUGUUCCUAAAGCAAGAAAUGAAGGAACAAUUCAAAAACUUAGGAACCCUAAAUCUGCAUCUGUGGGAUGUUCCCAAAGCAAGAAAUGGGGGAAUGAUUCAAAAACUUAGAAACCCUAAAUCUACAGCUGUCAGGAUGUUCCCAAAGCUAGAAAUGGGGGAACAGUGGGAAAAAGACAGAAGAGUCCCCAAUCCCACAGCUGUCAGGGUGUUCCCAAAGUGAGAAAUGGGGGAAUGUUUUAAAAAUUCCUAAGCCUACAGCUGUUGGGGUGUUCCCAAAGCGAGAGAUGGGGGAACAUUUGAAAACUCAGAAUUCCUAAUCCCACAGCUGUGGGGAUGUUCCCAAAGCGAGAAAUGGGGGAACAGUGGGAAAAACGUGGAAGAGUCCCCAAUCCCACAGCUGUCAGGGUGUUCCCAAAGCAGGAAAUAGGGGAACAAUGGGAAGAACUCGGAAGAGUCCCCAGUCCCAUGGUUUUUAGGUUGUUCCCAAAAUGAGAAAUGGGGGAACAGUGGGAAAAACCCAGAAGAGUCCCUGAUCCCAGAGCUGUGGGGUGAACACUUACUCAGCUGAGUCCCCAGUCCUACAGCUGUUGGGAUGUUCCCAAAGCGAGAAAUGGGGGAACACUUGCUCAGAAAAGUCCCCAAUCCCACAGCUGUGGGAUGUUCCCAAAACAAGAAAUGAGGGAACACUGGGAAAAAUAUAGACGAGUCCCCAAUCCCACAGCUGUCAGGAUGUUCCCAAAGCGAGAAAUGGGGGAACAUUUUAAAAAUUCCUAAACCUACAGCUGUGGGGAUGUUCCCAAAGUGAGAGACUGGGGAACACUCACUCAGAAAAGCCCCCAGUCCCACAGUUUUUAGGUUGUUCCCAAAGCGAGAAGUGAAGGAACACUCCAGCCCUGCCCAGCCCUCGGAGGUCUCACCCUCUGCACAGUUUGAUCUGCACUCGAAAUUCCGACUUUUCUAAAGGAAAGGGUUUUAUACAUUUCAGGGGGGAAAUGGGUGGAGAAAUCCCAAUUUCUUCCCAGUGCUCUUUUUGGGGUUCCAGGAAAUAUUCCAUGGCUGGGCUGCAUCCACACCUCGCUGUUGCUUAUUCCAGUCCUUAUAAGCAAGGCGAGGGAAGAGGGAGAUCCUUUAGCUGAAGGAUUCCUUUUCCUGGAAAACACUGAUUUCCAAAGGUAAAAAAUAGGAAAGGAUGGACUUGAAACAGGGAGGAAGUUUUUCGUGGGGCUUCCAGAAGGAUUUGAUGUAAAUCAAGUUUUAUAGUUCCUAAAUGCUACGACAGGAAUGUUGGCAGCUUGUCCUAACUUAGUUUAAUUUUAAGUCAGGCCUUUGUAAAACACUGACUGAAGGUUUAUAAAGUACCUCAGCAGCUACUUAAUUACAGGUAUUAAUUAGUGGAGCUUAUUGGAAUAAGCAGAUGGUGUGGUCAGAAUUUAGGUGGGAAGAGCCCAGGAAGGGUUUUUUAUUUUCAUAGUCCUGCCCCUGAGGGACAGUUCAGUCUUUUAAUACAACUGUAACUUUUAUUUUUUUCGGUCAGAUCUGUGUAAAACAGUGAGAAACAGACUGAAAAAAAUCUCUUAAAGUGUUUAAAAUACUUACAAAGUGUCUGCACAAUCUCGUUCCGUGGCAGGAAAAUGAGAUUUAAGCAUCCAACCUAAGGCUGAUUCCAGUUUAUGCCUGGAAUAAACUGGAGAUGGAUUUUUUUACCUUUGGAAUACGAGAUGGCUGAAAUUUCAAUAACCUGAAACACCUUUCAGGUGGUUUCAGCCCUUUUAGGUGGUUUCACCCUGGAAUUCCAGGUGCUGCAGGCUGGGAUGGAGACGUUGCUAAGGUUUCAUUCCCAGUUUUCCCUCCCUAAAUUUAAAAAGCCGAAUUUAGGACUUUAUUAUUUUAAGGUUUUUUUUGCACACCACGAGACUUUAUAUAAACUCCUUGUGUCCUGUUAGAGGCCAGUAAAAGCCAGCAAUUAGUUUGUGUUUUAGGCUUCCCGGGAUAUUCCCUGGAUCCCAGGGGUGGAGCAUCCUGAGAAGGCUCGUGAGUUUAUCUAUGCAUGGCUCAACUUUAUAGUCUUAAUAUCCUGUAGUGCCUGUAGAGCAAAGGUAGCAAAGCAGUGGAUUUAGGGGGGGAGGGGGGAGGCUGGCAGGUGUUCACAGCUAAAACAGAUGGAAUGACUGAUUCCAGAAUUCCUGGAGUUAUCCAGUCCUGGCUGCAAUAAAAAAGGGGGCAUUAGGGAAUCCAAAUCAAAUGAAGAGUUUGUGUCGCCGAUAAAACUCAUCGACCUGCUCCUUUCCAGCCCCGGUUGUCUCAUCUGCAAAGCCAUAUUUCUAGAGUUAGUGGGAUGACUGUGUAAUGUCAGAAGAAAUUCCAGAGGUUGGGACUUUGUGGUGGAGGCUUUGUCUCGACUCCUGAGUGAAAAAAAAAGAGUAGAUUUAAGUGCAAUUGUUUGAAAAAUAGAUGAAGAUGCUGUAGCUGCUGGGGCUCUGCUGAACUCUUUUUAAGAACUCCAAUUUGUGCAAGCUCUCAAAUCCAUGCUGAUGGGGCUGAUCCAAGCUGGGAUUCCAAAGCCCUGUGAACAAAAAAAAAAAAGAAGAAAAGGAAAUAAAUAUUGAAAAUUGGGUGGUUUUACUGUGCAAAUUGAGCUGUUCCUUAAAAACUGGAGCAGGAGAGCUCGGAAUAAAGGCCUAGUAUCCUUCUCUGCUGUGCUGCAUGUUCAUGGUCAUAGCUGUGUAUUUACAAAAAAAAAAAAAAAAGACCUUUCACCAGACUGGGAAAUGGCUCAAUUCCUGUAUUUUUGGUAUUGAAAGAAAUUACCUCAAUUUUUACUUUUUAUUUUAUUUUUGAACUGUGACUUUUCAACCAGAAUUUCAAACAAACAAAAAAAAAAUACCGAAAUAGUGAAACUGUGACAGUUGGUAUCCUUGAAAAACGUUGUAGUGCCUUGGAGUGACACCAUUUAUUCCCCAAAUAAAUGAGUGUCGGGGGGGGAAGGGGUCGAAUCCCCCCCUAUUUUUUUUUUUAAAGGAAAAACAGUUUUGGUGAAAGGACUUAACCAAUUUAACCUAGUGACAGAUAUAUAGCACAACUGGUUAAACUGUUGAAAAGAAAACUCUUUGAGGACUAAAAAUGUGUCAAUGCCUGAUGCUGCUGAUAUUUGAGAGCGGCUGCUGGUUGUUGGGGAGUUAUUUCUGAACAAUCAGCAGAGCUUUUGUGUUUUUUUUAUAGAAAAGUGUAACUUUUGUACUCUGGUCAGAGCUGUUUGUACUGUAUCGACCCCCAGCCAAGGGGGAAUCUGAUUCCUCCCUCUCUGGAAGUGGAGGUGAGGAUGGAGCAACUCCCAAGGAUCUAAUUUUUGAAUAUUUUUAGCUACUGUACGACUUAAAAAAACCAAACAACAACAACAAAAAAAGCACCAUUUGAACCCACCAAUGUUUGGAUACAGCAAAAGUGCCAUUACACUUCCUUUCUCUUUUAAUGUGUCGGGAAAAUUUGUGUCCAGGCAUUUUUUUUGUGAUCCUGGGGAAAAAAAAAAAAGUGCUGAGAGUCCUCAAGGGGUUUCCACGCUUCGCUGAUCUCCACGUGAGCAGCUUGUGGUGGUGUUUUUUUAUUUCUUUCUCCUCACCAGGAAUGAGUGUGAUCAGAAGUUACUGAAGUUAUAGGGAGAAAAAAAAAAACCUAAAAAUAAAUAAAAAUGUGAGAAACUUAGGAGAGGAACCUUUGCAGCUUGAGCUGCUCUGCAAUCCGGGAGUAUUCCAUAUUAAUCCGUGCAAUUUGGUAUUUAAUCCACUUUUUUUUACACUUUGCAUUAACACAACGGGUUGCAGGGGGGAGUUGAGUUGCGUGUUAAGUUCCCUCAUAAGUUGUUUUUUUGUUUUGUUUUGUUUUGCUUGGUUUUUUUUUAAUUAUCGUUAUUUUUUAACGGAAAACUUGUCUGAAUUUGCACAGAAAAUUUAAGCUCUGGAAUACUUUGGUAUUUCUGAAAAAGGGAAAAGAAAAAAAAAAAAGUUGUGGCUAGUAUAGUGAAUUGUGUAAACUGUGAGUUGGUAGAACCACGUGGUCGAUCUAAUCGUAGAUUGUUCAAGAUGUACCUCAGAAAGCUCUUUGGUUUUUUUCCACAGCACUCAGAUGUAACACUUCUCACUUGACAACGUGCCAAAAUUCACUUUUAUACUAGUUCUCAAUGCUUUAAUCUUUGCAAUUUUAAGUUAAAAAGAAAAAAAAACAAAAACCCCCACGUGUUCUUUACCAACACUACUGUAACUUCAGUUCAGCUGAAUGGUGUGAUUGAAGCUUUUUGCCUCUCCUAUUUAUUACACAACUUCGAGUCAGUAAGAGAUAAAACUUGACCUUUCCAUUUAUUUUUGUAUUGUUUUACAUGUUUAUACCUUGCAGUUUGUGUGACUUUUACACCUGUAACUCAGAUGUGAUGGAAAGAACCAAUAAACAGUAUCCAUCCA